GUGUGGGGAGCUGACUUGGGUCUUAUGUUUUCCUCACAGUGCGCAUGCGUGAUCCCAUCUGAGCCUCGCAAAGAGCCGCUAAGUUGCGAGUGGAGGUCGCGUUGGGAGCUUCUGCAUACGUUCUGUCUUCUUAUUUUGAUUAUUUGGAGGGGACGAGGACUGAAAGAGAUGGCGUUUGUACCGCCCAGCGGCGCCACCGAGCCGAGCCUACCUUCAACCUGUGGAUAAAGAAGUGUGGACCAACGUGGGAUUCGGCGCCGGUCCGCUCGACCCAAACAAAAGAAUUUAAAAAAGAAGAAGCAGUGAGUCGGACCUUCAGUUUAUGAAUGGCCCUGACAUGGAGGAAGUACCGUUUCAGAAAGUCCGAAGCAGGAGGAAGAGAAGUCACUGUCCUCCGGGCUUCCCCGUGAGGAGCAUCGCCUGCGAGGACGAGUUCGACUGCAAGGAGCUCGAGUCUCUCUUCCAGAACUACAACCUGAAGCUGGAGCAGACCUCCACUCUCAAAGCUCUGGCCGUGCUCAUCUUCAUGUCGUCCACGCUGGCUGGCGUGGAGCUGCUGUCCGGCCCCAGCCUCACCAUCUCCAAGGGUUCCCACCCGGUGCACUGUGUCAUCUUCACCUCCUUGUUCAUCGUCACCAACGUCAAGUACCUGCAGGUCACUCAGCUGCAGCAGAUCGUCAACCUGACCCUCCUCUUCGGAUUCACCUUCUCCUUCCUUUGCUGCCCCUUCUCCCUCGGAGCCAUGGGUUUGGAGCCCCCGACAUCCCCCGACCAGGGCGUGUGGCAGCUCAUCCUGGUUACCUUCGUCGCCUACGCUCUCCUGCCCGUCCGGACGCUCCUGGCUGUGGUCUUUGGACUGAUGGUGUCCGUCUCCCACCUGAUUGUGGCCGCCACAUCAGUCACGGUGAAAACACAGAAAUUAUGGAGGACGCUGGUUGCCAACACGGUGCUGUUCACCAGCGUCAACCUGUCGGGCCUGUUUGUGCGUAUCCUGACGGAGCGAGCGCAGAGGAAGGCUUUCCUGCAGGCUCGCAACUGCAUAGAGGACAGACUCCGCAUGGAGGACGAGAAUGAGAAACAGGAGCGCCUCCUCAUGAGCCUGUUGCCCAGGAAUGUAGCUAUGGAGAUGAAGGAGGACUUCCUGAAGCCCCCUGAAAGGAUCUUUCACAAAAUCUAUAUCCAGCGGCAUGAUAAUGUCAGCAUCCUGUUUGCAGACAUUGUAGGCUUCACCAGCUUGGCCUCCCAGUGCACCGCCCAGGAACUGGUUAAACUCCUGAAUGAGCUGUUUGGAAAGUUUGAUGAGCUUGCCACGGAGAACCACUGUCGCAGGAUCAAGAUCCUGGGGGAUUGUUACUACUGUGUGUCUGGACUGACCCAGCCCAAGACUGACCACGCCCACUGCUGCGUCGAGAUGGGUCUGGACAUGAUUGACACAAUAACGUCAGUGGCGGAGGCCACAGAAGUCAACCUGAACAUGCGUGUGGGCCUCCAUACAGGCCGGGUGCUGUGUGGAGUGCUGGGCCUCAGGAAAUGGCAGUAUGAUGUUUGGUCAAAUGACGUGACCCUUGCCAAUGUGAUGGAGGCUGGCGGUCUACCUGGAAAAGUCCACAUCACCAGAUCUACACUAGAGUGCCUGAAUGGAGACUACGAGGUGGAGCCUGGAAAUGGUCACGAGCGCAACGCCUUCCUCCAAAAACACGAGAUUGAAACUUUCUUCAUAGUGCCAUCACACCGACGGAAGAUAUUCCCGGGAUUGAUUCUUUCGGAUAUAAAGCCCGCCAAAAAGAUGAAGUUCAAAACGGUGUGCUACUUACUGGUGCAGCUCAUGCACUGCAGGAAGAUGUUCAAGGCGGAGAUUCCCUUCUCUAAUGUCAUGAACUGCGAGGAUGGUGAUAAGCGAAGGGCCAUGAGGACGGCUCCCCAGAAACUGAGAAAUCGCACCAACGCCAACCAGGCCAACGUGAUCCAGAGCAGCCCCAGAACGCGGGUCAACCGCUACAUCGGGCGCCUGAUCGAGGCCCGUCAGACCGAGUCUGACACGGCUGACCUUAACUUCCUCACGCUCAUGUACAAGUGCUCGGAGCGUGAGCAAAGGUACCACCAGGUUCCGGAUGAGUACUUCACCAGCGCAGUGGUUUUGUCUCUGAUCCUUGCUGCCUUGUGUGGCCUUGUCUAUCUUCUUAUCAUACCACAGGGCACGGUGGUACUGGUGCUUCUUGUUUUCUGUAUCUGUUUCCUGGUAGCGUGUAUCAUGUACCUGCAUAUCACUAGAGUCCAGUGUUUUCCAGGGUGCCUGUCCAUUCAGAUCCGCACUGCUCUCUGCAUCUUCAUUGUGCUCUUAAUCUACGCUGUGGCCCAGGCCUGUGUGGUGGGCUGCAUGCCCUGGUUGUGGGGCGGCGCCAACAUCAACAGCUCCAUUGUUAUUAUUGACGUGGACAGCGGCGCCAACCACACCGUGGCCGAGUUGCCUUGCGACGGCGCCCAUUAUGCCUUCCUGUCAUGCGUGGUGGGCACGCUCACCCUGGCGCUCUUCCUGCGUGUCUCCUGGAUGCCAAAGAUGGCACUCAUGCUCCUCCUGGGGGUGCUGUACGUCACCGUGCUGGAGCUCAGCGGAUUUCGCAAGACCGCUGGUGGGGGGUCCUUCAACAUCCGGGGCUCCGAGCCCAUCCUGUCUCUGUUGCUCUUCGUCAGUGCCCUGGCCCUCCACUCUCGACAGCUUGACCUCAAACUGCGCUUGGACUUCCUGUGGGCUGUGCAGGCUGAGGAAGAAAGGGAUGGCAUGGAAAAAGUCAAACUGGAUAACCGCAGGAUCCUUUUCAAUCUGUUGCCAGCACACGUGGCCCAACACUUCCUGCUGUCCAACCCCAGGAACAUGGUGAGCCUCGCUCAUAGACAGGCAGACACACACAAAGACCAUCAGGAUCUGUACUACCAGUCCUACGCACAAGUGGGCGUGCUCUUUGCCUCCAUCCCAAACUUCAAUGACUUCUACAUCGAAUUGGACGGAAACAACAUGGGAGUGGAGUGCUUGAGACUGCUGAACGAGAUCAUCGCUGACUUUGAUGAGCUGAUGGAUAAGGAGUGCUACAGAGACAUUGAGAAGAUCAAGACCAUAGGCAGCACCUACAUGGCAGCUGUGGGCCUCGUCCCUACCAUAGGAAUGAAGGCCAAAAAGUCCAUCUCCGACCACUUGAGCACCAUAGCCGACUAUGCCAUCGAGAUGUUUGAUGUUCUGGAUGAAAUCAACUAUCAGUCUUACAACGAGUUCGUCCUGAGAGUGGGGAUCAAUGUGGGUCCUGUGGUGGCAGGCGUCAUUGGGGCACGGCGACCCCAGUAUGACAUCUGGGGGAAUACGGUCAAUGUGGCCAGUCGCAUGGACAGCACAGGAGUACCCGGGAAGAUACAGGUAACGGAAGACGUCUACCGCCUGCUGAAUUCUGAGUACGAUCUGGUGUGCCGUGGCAAAGUGAGCGUGAAGGGCAAAGGGGAGAUGCUGACCUACUUCCUGGAAGGCAAGGUGCAGGGCGUGGGUACGGCCACCACAUCUUCCGUGGUGCGCUCGGCCAGCCUGGCACGCCGCAUCCACUCGUGCGGGAAGACCAGUGUGCCCAUCAACAUGGGUAGUGUAUCGCCGGCUGCCGCCCAGGCGAACGCCGCCAACAGCCAGCCGACAUGCCUUCCCUCUUCCCGCGUGCCUGCAGUGGGAGAGGAGGAGGAUGAAGAGGAUAUGGAGGUGAUUGAGAUCGAGGCUGAUGUUGCGGUGUAGACACAAACAUGAGACUGAAGGUAAGAAAGCCUUGAUGGAGGAGACUUUCCUAACAAGCGACCACGCUCAUUCAGGAAAUGAGCCAUCACAAUGGCGGUGUGAUUCAGACAAUCAUACCUACUUUUUUUAGGGAGCUGCUUGCCAGUCUUCACCUCCACGUGUAUGUGCAUCACUGCAGAGGACAUACUGUAUUCUAUAUAUUGAUCAUGGGACUGAUCAUGCUAUUGCUUUUGCACUGUCUUUCUAAUGAUGCCAAGGAUGCAUUGCAUUAUUUACACAUGUCACAUGGUGUUUUUUUCCUGGUGCGCCUCAGCAUGCAUGCGUGUAGUUGUGAGUGUGUAUGCAAGUGUGGCGUGAUGGUGUUGUAUGACACAGCAGCACAACAACAUUAAAAAACAAAAACACUUACUUAUAAUUUAGUGCAUCUUACUGUAAAGUAGACACUCUCCCCUUGAAAGAAACCAAAGUGAUGAGCUCUUCAAGGAAUAUUUGCGGUGUUUGCCUCGCCAGCCGCCCACAGAUUGGCUAGAACGUGUUUUGGUGCGUUUUUUUCCGAGAUAAAGUACAGUGGAACGUCUGAAGUUGAAUGCAUGUCAUUUGUUUUGAAUUGGAACUAUUUCCCAUUAGAAAUAAUGGGAAUGGAAAUAAUCAGUUCCAGGGUCAAACUGUCGCCAUCAUAAAACCUUUAUUAUUAACUGCGUGGGCAACAUUUUAAGUGAACAUUUAAAACAAAUAGAAACUGAACUUUAAAAUGAAAAAUUGUGUGUAAAAGUGUGUAAAAAAAAAAAACAGUGUCGCCAGACAAAAGUAUUGGGACAUGCUGGAGUCUUACUUUUCUGGACAUCCCUGAAGGCUAAUGUGGUAAAACCAAAGGAAAAGCACAACAGAACGACCAGUGACUCUCAGCUGAUUAUUUAAGUUUAAAAAUAUAAAACGGUAGCGUUCUUAAUUGUCCUACAAGUGUAAAAAUAAGUUAACCGUUGUUAAUAUUAAAAUGUACAAACAGUAAAACUCUCAAUCUGAACUUUUAAUACGAAGCUGAUUUGUGUUGCAGUUUCAGCUGCUUUUUUAAACCUUAUUAAUUGUCGUACAAGUGGGGGGAAAAAGUUCGGGACACAUUGGAGUCCUGCUGCUUUGAAUGUGAGUCCGCUUACGUCACGUUCUUUUCUUGUUAAGGCGGCUCUGGUUAAAAAAAAAAAAUAAUUAAAAGCACAAUACGUUAAGAAUGAAUUAUGUGACUCUGAGCUGAGGUGUCACACGAUAUGAUGGCGUCCCAAUGUUCAUUAAAGUUCAGAAAUGUUACAUUUGAAUUUGAGCAUUCUUAACUGUCAGGCAAGUGUAAAAAUAAGUUAACCGCUGUUACUAUUAAAAUGUAAAUCCCCAUUUGAACUUUUACUGCAAAUGUGAUUUACCUCGCAUCUCUUUUUUUUUUAUAUCAUUUGUCAUUAGGGGUGUCAUGAGACACUCAGAGGAGACGAUAUACGAGAUCGGGUCUACGAGACGAGAUUACUUUUAAGAAAAGUACCAAGAAAAAUUAAAGUAAAAAAAUGACGAUAUAUUACAAUCUACUAAUUUAAUUCCUACUAAGUUGUGCGUAUGCUACCGGCCCCAACCUCACCCACCGAGACAAAGAGACCGCAUGACAGACAAAAGGGCUCACUCCAUUCAUGCCGUUGUUCCAUUAAACAAACACGCCAAGGUACUGAAAGCAAUGCACAGAGUGAACUCACUUCCUGCCUGUUUGCAUGCGCAUGGCAAUAUAUUGAGGCCGGCAAAAUGAUCAUUUAUUUUCAUUUAUUGUGUGAUUAAUUAAUCAUUAUUGUCCCAGGCCUAGUGCCCAUGAGACACUUUUUUUCUGGAUGAGACACCUUGUCACGUUUUAAUCUCGCCAGGUCUUGUGACACCCUUAACUGCCAUUCAGUGUGAAAACUUGGAUGUGUUGAGGCUUCUGUGGUAAAUAAGCCACUAAAAGCCAAAGGAAAAAAACAAAAAUGUACAGAAGGAAUGUUUUGAUGCUCAACUGAUGUGCAAACAAUCAAACUUUGAAAUUUUGCCCAACCUUAGAGCACAUGUUCCACAAAAUGUUUGAUGGAAUUCCAAAAUGCACCAUCUCAGGGACUUUGGACUUUAGAGGUUCCACUGUAUGUUGUCACCACUCCUCUCGGGGCCCAAGCCACAUGUGUGAUUUCUUGUGUGAGGAAGGUGUGCAUGUUAUACAAAAUAGCUGAAUCUGGUCUUUGCUGCUAUGGAAAUGUUAUUUGCAGUCAUAAGGUAGUGUGUGAAGCUCCAUACAUACCUGCAUAGAGUAUUACAUAAAGACAGUAUGAAAGCACACACACUGUUUGCACAACGCAAAGUUACUUUACAACACGGAAACUUUGGUGCAAUGUUUGGCACGCAUUCCUACUAGCUACACCAUAUAGCUGUAUCUUUAUUAUAUUAUUACCUGCAUUAUUUUUUUUAAAUUGAGCUGCAAACGUCCUGUUUCUGCCUUACUCUAUAAGCUUACAGUGUUUGCGACCUGCCUUUUUACAGUAGAUAUAUUCACUUUGAUAUGCAGGUCAUAUGUUUUUUGAGUGUUUUUGUAAAUAGCCAAAAAACACACAUGUAAACUAUGUGGAAUCUUGUACAGUGUAAAGUUGGUUUAUUGAAUAUUUUGUAAUAAAGACAAUAUUGGUGUAUAAAAUAGGCUCACGUGG